GGCCCUGCAGCGGGACCGGAAGUGUCCGCGACCCUGUGUUUUUCCCGCUAGGCAUCUUGGUGGGCCUCCAGGCCGUGCUGGAAACAUGUCGUAUCCGGAGUCGUAUGCCCAUGUUGUGUACACGCUGCGCGAUGGCGAUGAUGGGGCGCGUUUGGUGAGCCUGCCAAAGAAGGCUAUCCCUGAUGAAUUCCAGAAGACCAUGAGAAAGUCGAUGAGGUUACCAAAGCCUCGCUUCGACGUGUCUUUAUUCUACCUGACCCGCAAGUUCAUGGACGUCAUCAAAGCCGCCCCAGAUGGCAUUGUGGAUCUAAAUGAUGUGGCCAAACUUCUAGGGGUGAGGAAGAGACGGGUUUAUGAUAUCACCAACGUCCUGGACGGCAUCCAGCUCAUCCAGAAGAGGUCCAAGAAUUUAGUCCAGUGGGUAGGGACUGACCUGAAUCACACGGGCACAGAGAUCCCGCAGCAGCAGCGGCUUCGAAACGAUAUAAGUGAUCUUACGGCUAUGGAGGAAGCGCUGGACAACUUGAUAAAGGACUGUGCGCACCAGCUAUUUACCCUAACAGAAGACAAGUCAAACAAGAAGUUUGCUUAUGUGACUUAUAAAGAUAUUCACAGCAUCGACGCAUACCAUGAACAGAUUGUCAUUGCUGUCAAAGCUCCAGAAGAAACCAAGUUGGAAGUCCCAGCUCCUAAUGAAAAUUGCAUACAAAUUCACAUAAAGAGCACAAAAGGACCCAUUGACGUGUAUUUGUGUGAGGUGGAACAGGAAAGCGCAGAGGAGCAAUCUUUUGAACCCCUGAGCAAUACUGUCACGGCAUAGACAGAUCAAA